AUGACAUCCAGGUACAACUGCUCCUUCGCUGACAGCUGGGACUGCCCACAGGAGGGGAUGUGUGGCAACCUGACCUCUGACCUGAACGGCAGCGCAGGGCUGGUAGAUGCAUGCCUGACCCAGGAGGAGUACCUAGAGAAGUACCUGGGCCCUCUGCGCUCCUCCGUCUUCCUCCCAGUCUGCCUCACCUACCUGAUCAUCUUCCUUGUGGGCGCGCUUGGCAACUUGCUAACCUGCAUCGUCAUUGCUCGCAAUAAGGUGAUGCGCGUGCCCACCAACUACUACCUGUUCAGCCUUGCCGUGUCUGACCUGCUGGUGCUGCUGCUGGGCAUGCCUCUGGAGCUCUACGAGAUGUGGCAGAACUACCCCUUCCUCCUGGGCAAGAGCGGCUGCUACUUUAAGGUUUUCCUAUUCGAGACGGUCUGCUUCGCCUCCAUCCUCAAUGUGACGGCGCUCAGCGUGGAACGCUACAUCGCUGUGGUGCACCCCCUGCGCGCCAAGUACCUGGUGACACACACACACGCCAAACGGGUCAUUAUGACCGUGUGGGGGAUCUCGAUGCUAUGUGCCGUGCCCAACACCAGCCUGCACGGCAUCUUUACCCUGCAGUCGGCAGCAGGGGGCACCACCUGGAAGGAAAUCCCAGAGUCAGCCAUCUGUACGCUGGUCAAGCCCCGCUGGAUGUACAACUUGACCAUCCAGGUGACCACCUUGCUUUUCUUUAUGCUUCCCAUGUUGACCAUCAGCGUUCUCUACCUGCUCAUCGGCCUGCAGCUCAAAUGUGAGAAGAUGCUCCUGGUGAUGGAGGCUGAGACAGGCCUGGCGUGCAACAGCUACUGCAACGUCCGCAGCCAGCAGCAGAAAGCCCGGCGUUGCCAGGUCACCAAGAUGCUGUGUGAGUAUUGCUGCUAUCGCUUCCACUCCCUCCCCCAGCCACUCCCUCCCCCAGCCUAA